AUGUGCUCUGUCCUGUCACGCCGCUCUAUCCUCCCUCCCUCCCUCCCUCCCUCCCUCCCUCCCUCCUCCCUCCCUCCCUCCCUCCCUCCCUCCCUCCCUCCCUCCCUCCCUCCCUCCCUCCCUCCCUCCUCCCUCCCUCCUCCCUCCCUCCCUCCCUCCCUCCCUCCCUCCCUCCCUCCCUCCCUCCCUCCCUCCCUCCCUCCCUCCCUCCCUCUUCCCUCCCUCCCUCCCUCCCUCCCUCCCUCCCUCCCUCCCUCCCUCCCUCCCUCCCUCCCUCCCUCCCUCCCUCCCUCCCUCCCUCCCUCCCUCCCUCCCUCCCUCCCUCCCUCCCUCCCUCCCUCCCUCCCUCCCUCCCUCCCUCCCUCCCUCCCUCCCUCCCUCCCUCCCUCCCUCCCUCCCUCCCUCCCUCCCUCCCUCCUCCCUCCCUCCCUCCCUCCCUCCCUCCCUCCUCCCUCCCUCCCUCCCUCCCUCCCUCCCUCCCUCCCUCCCUCCCUCCCUCCCUCCUCCCUCCCUCCCUCCCUCCCUCCCUCCCUCCCUCCCUCCCUCCCUCCCUCCCUCCCUCCCUCUCUCCCUCUUUCUCUCUGUGGAAUGACGCGCAUAGGAAUGCAGCAAGCGAUGCGCUCGGAAGACCUUGGGAGAGGGGCAGUCCAUGCACUCCACUCCUCUCCAUACCUCUUACACCCCUCUUCACCUGUCUCCACCGCUCUCGACCCCCAGGUGGCUCCACGUGUGUUCACAGCAAACGAAUCGCCUCCGGAUCAAAAGAUCCCUUUUCACCACGAGAUGGCGCAGGUACCUGAAUACCCAACCCGCCUCCUCUUCUUCUGCCAGGUGCCCCCAGCAACCGGAGGCGAGACCCCCAUCCUGCCCUCCUGCGAGCUCACCAGGCGCCUGGCUGUGAAGCACCCCUCGUUUAUAGCACAGCUGCGGGCCAAGGGGCUGCUGUAUGUGCGCGUGCUGCCAGAGGAGGACGAUCCGAGCAGUGCCAUUGGGAGGGGGUGGAAGUCGACUUUCCUCACUGACAGCAGGGAGGAAGCUGAAGAGAAGGCCAAGGGGCUGCUGUAUGUGCGCGUGCUGCCGGAGGUGGAUGACCAGAGCAGUGCCAUUGCGAGGGGAUGGAAGUCGACAAUUCUGACCCAAGACAAGGCUGAAGCAGAGGAGAGGUGGGUCAUGGGAGGUGUGGUGGGGAGGGGGUCAGAAACUCAAUCUCUUCUGGCUGGCAAAGAGAGUGAAGCUGGAGUGGCAGGCGGGCGGCAGCGUUCGGACCGCUUGCACCUGCCACCCACCUCCAACCCCCCUCCCACCCUCACUCUCACCUGGCUUCACUCUCCCCCCCCUCCCCUCUCCCCCUUCUCCGAUCCCCCCUCCCCCUCUCCCCCUCUCCCCCUCUCCCCCCUCACCUCUCCCCCUCUCCGCCCUCCCCUCUCCCCCUUCUCCCCCCUCUUUCCCCCCUCCCCUCUUUGCCCCCCUCUCCCCCCUCGGUGCUUCAUGUUGCUCGCCCCCGAACCUAACACUCCCCUCGCCCCCGAACCUAACACUCCCCUCGCCCCCAAACCUAACACUCCCCUCGCCCCCGAACCUAACACUCCCCUCGCCCCCGAACCUAACACUCCCCUCGCCCCCGAACCUAACACUCCCCUCGCCCCCGAACCUAACACUCCCCUCGCCCCCGAACCUAACACUCCCCUCGCCCCCGAACCUAACACUCCCCUCGCCCCCGAACCUAACACUCCCCUCGCCCCCGAACCUAACACUCCCCUCGCCCCCGAACCUAACACUCCCCUCGCCCCCGGACCUAACACUCCCCUCGCCCCCGGACCUAACACUCCCCUCGCCCCCGAACCUAACACUCCCCUCUCCCCCUAA